CAAUCAGCGGUCAUUCUCACGGUAUCACUUGAUAGGAGAGAAGCUAAAGUGUUGAUCAUUUUGUUCCGCGCAAAAAUGAAAGCAGUGAAAUUCAAUUAUUCUGGUUUGAUGUGUCCUGUGUUCACGGCAUUUGCCAAUGACAGCAAACGAACGAUUCGUUACGAUGUGAUUGAUAAAUAUGCCUCUUGGUUGAAACAACGCGGUAUCCACGGAGUGCUCGUCAAUGGUACAACCGGUGAAGGUGUUUGCCAACGAGUUGAAGAACGCAAGCACAAUUUCGAAGAGUGGUUGAAGUCAUGUCGCAAACACAAUCUCAAGUGCAUGGUUCAAGUGGGAGGUACGGGCGUUUCCACUGUUCAUGAUUUGGCUGAACAUGCUGAGGAAAAAGGAGCCGAUGCUGUCCUUUGCUUGCCCGAACUCUUUUUCAAGCCAACAUGCGAAGAGGAUUUGGUCGACUAUUUGAAAAAAGUCGCUGAACAUUGUCCAACACGACCAUUAUUCUACUAUCACUUCCCAGCAUUCAGCAAAGUCAACUUGCUAAUGCCGAGACUGUGUGACUUAGCAGAAAAGCAAAUCCCAACAUUCAAUGGAAUAAAGUUUACCAGCAACGAUUUGAACGAAGGUGUUGCCUGUUUGAAACCCGGUCGAAAAGUGUUCCUCGGAUCAAAUACAAUUUUUCUCGCUGCUUUGACUCAAGGAUUUGACUCGGGCAUUUUGAUUUCUUUGAAUGUCUUCCCCGAAAUGGCACAGGAAAUCUUGGCGGCCGUACAGGAAAAUCGAUGGGCCGACGCUCAGGCAACACAAUUGAAACUGACGAAACGGUUUAAUGAAUGUGGCGCCGCAUUGAAAGAUGAAUUCAAUCGUAUGAACAGCGAUUUUGCAUGCGGCCCAGCAAGAAAGCCAUUACUCAAUUUGAAUAAAAAAUAAAUGAUUAAAGUGAAUGCAUCUAUCACGAAUGGAUUGAUCGAUAACAACAACGAUAACCACAUUCUAUAUUUUAUACAGAAACUUCUUUUGAUCUACUUUUCAAGAGUCAAUAAACGAUACAAUUUCACUGACGUGGGACUGAUAAGAGUGUUUUGUUUGUUGUUGACAAGCUUUGAAAAAACAAACUCAAACAACAAAAUGGAAACAAAAGGAAAAGAACAAAAAUCUGUACAAAAAUGUUUUGAUAUUACUUUGAAUGAACUACCUACAUAAUAAUCUUUAAUUAUCAGCUCAAAAUGUGUAUUUUAUGUUUUCUUUUACAUGUAAAUGUAUUUACAUAUCGACUACUUAACCCAUUUUAAGCUACAUUUGCGUGGCAACACAAUUAUUUUAUAAAUCCAAAUAUUUAUAAUUCGGUUCAAAUUUACUUCAAUUCAAAUAAUUCUUUGUGAUUCCAUUAGCAUACUUCUAUAUUAAACGUAAUGAAGUGUCUCCUUUGGGUACGACGAAUUUAAGUUCCACUAUUUCGUAUACAAAAUAACUUAACCAUAUUAUAUACUCAUGGCAUAAAAUGAUUGCAUAAAUUGAUACACAAACCCAACGCUUUGUCGGCGAAAUUUUAUUCUUUGUUCAGAUAUCUGUAUUUUAUUUGCUCAGUGUAAGCCGUAUUUGACUCGACUUAGAAUAAAUAUUAAAAGAAAUGAGCAAUUACAUUAUUAUUAUACGAUAUGAAUUUGAAUAUAAAAAUCCUGUUUUGAGUAGAAUUAAGAACAAAAAUUACUGGUCGAAUGAAAAGAUGAAUGUGGAUUUUAUUUAUUUUUGAGUUUUCGAUGUCAUCGCUGCCUCACAUAAAUAUUUUCAAAGAAAUUACUUGAAAUUUUGAAGUAU